AUGUCUGUACAAGGGGGCUUGUUGGAUUAUUUAUGUGCGGUCACACAUGUGAAUUGCAAUGAUGACAGGGAGAGUAGCGGCAUGCAGUUGACCCUUUCAUACGCCAUGGGGAUAGGGUUAAUCCUCCAAGUUGUCCUUCUAGACUCCAAGCUUAUAUAUGUCGAUAUCAUGAAUUGA